GUUUCAGUCAGGUAACGUUGAUCUCUGCAGUGAUGAUUAAAGGACUCUUCAGCGCAGCUCGUCUUGGUUCCAUGAUGCACCGCAGCAGGAACAGCAGCGGGGCCGCGACCAGCCAGCAGCCCGCUGUCCUGGUGGACUCACUCAGGGAGACACAGCAAAGGUUGAAGGAGGAGCGCGAGGCUAAGCGUGCUCAGCUGGAUGGAAGACACGACUACGUUCUCAGUAUCGUGGCGUCAUGUGUGGCCUUGGAAAAAGCCGAAGUGGAAGACACCAUUCUGGAGGGAAACCAGAUUGAGCGCAUGGAGAAGUUCUUCAUGGUUGACGGGCUCCAGAGCCUCAUGUUCUUUUAUCAGGAAGUCGAGCCAGUGGAGAGAGCACCUACAGCAUCAGCAUCAGCCUCAGCAUCAGCGUCAGCACUGGCAGCUCCUAUUGGUCAACAGUCCGGUUGCACCAAAAAAGUGUUUGUGACGGACGGGAACGAUGUGGCACUGACGGGGCUGUGUGUCUUCUUCACCAGAGACGGAACUUCUCAGGCGGUCACCUCAGAGAACAUACACAGAGUUGUCAACUUCAACAUGUUAGACACCAGAGAAGUGGGCCUGUUGAAGAGCGUGGAGCAGCUGCUCUCUGACAUCUUCAUCCCCACGCUGAGGAACAUAAACCACGGCUGGGGGGACGUGGCCAGUCCGCAGGCCCAGGUUGUCAAACAGGAGUUCAUAUCAUCGUUGGAGAACUUUGUCACAGUGUUGUCUGUGACACAGGACUGUCUGAGAGAAAAGGUUACACUGCAGGAGUGUGACUCGUUUGACCUGCAGGUGCUGAAAUCCCCAUCAGACUACAUGGCAGCAGCCACCAGCACAGAGACCACAGAGAGGUUGGAGGGCUGCAUGAAAGUCUGGAUCAAACAGAUCGAACAGGUAAUAGUUGAGAGUGAACAGUUGAGAAAAGAGGACGAUGAUCUCGGCCCUCGAGCCGAGCUGAUCCACUGGAAGAGACACAUGUCCCGCUUCAACCACCUGUUGGACCAGCUGAAGAGACCUGACGUGAAAGCUGUCCAGGGUGUUCUACUCCUGGCCAAAUCUAAACUUAUAAAGUCGUGGCAGGAGAUGUACACCAGAAUAAUUGACGCAGCCAACGAGGGCAAGGACAAUGUGAAAUACCUCUACAGCCUGGAGAAGUACUACGAACCUCUGUACAACAGCGACCCGGUGUCAAUGGUGAGUUCAGUUCCCAGUCUGAUCAACGCCAUCAGGAUGAUGCACAGCUUUUCCAGCUACUUCAACACAUCAGAGAAGAUUACUUCACUCUUUGUCAAGGUGACAAACCAGAUGAUCACAGCGUGCAAGGCCUACAUCACUAACAACGACUGUAAUACGAUAUGGCAACAGCCGCAGCACGUUGUUGUUGACAAAAUCAAAGCAGCGAUUCACCUAAACCAGGAGUACCAGCGAGUCUUCCAUGAAACCAAAAAGAAGCUGGAGCAAACUCCCUCGGAAAGACAGUUCGACUUCAGUGAGAAGUACAUUUUUGGGAAGUUUGACACGUUCCAGCGACGACUCAACAAGAUUCUGGAAAUGUUCAACACGAUUUCCACCUACUCGGUGCUGCAGGAUUCUAACAUUGUUGGACUGGAGACCUUGGCUACAAAAUUCCAAACUGCAGAAAUGCAGGGGAAAUGGGAGGCUAUUGUGCUGGACAUGAAGAACAAACACUACAGUUUUCUGGACCAGAGAAGAACCGACUUCGAUGUCGACUACGAUCACUUCUGCAAAAACACGUCUGAGGUCCAUAAUCAGCUCAAGUGCUUUAUGGACAGCACCUUUGAAUCAAUCCAAAACACGGAAAAGGCUCUAAAAGUGCUGAAGACAUUUGAACGUUUAGGCAUCCCGGACCUCCCCACUUCUGGACAGCAUCCUGGAGUUCUCUCCACACCAGACGCCAAAAGAAUUAUCAGAAACUAUAACAGUGUAGCAAAAGUCCUGGUAGAGUUUGAGAUAUUUCACCAUCAAGGCUGGAUAAGAGGGGUGGAGCGUGCACGUGUGGGCCUGCAGGCCUUCCUGUUGGUCAGAUCUGUGGAGACAGGGGAGCUGGUGGUUAACUUUGACCAGGAGCUUCAGACACAGAUACGAGAGACCAGCUGCAUGACAAAGAUGAAUCUGGAGAUCCCACCAUUCGCUGCUCUGCUACAGCAGAUGCAGCACACCUUCAAGAAGAACUACGGCAAACUACAGUUAAUGUUGAGUGAGAACACCAGAGUGCGGGCGAAGAUUCAGAGCGCUUUUGUGCAGCUUUUCAUGCCGCACGUAGCAAAGGUAGACAAAGCCAUACAACCAGGUUUGACCUCCCUGAACUGGACGUCUCUGAACAUAGAGAAGUACCUCAAUGACAUUGACAAGGCUUUAGUUGACCUGGAGCUGUUGUUGGACAGAGUGAACGACUUGGUGGAGUACAGAAUAGAAUCAGUGCUGCAGGAGAUGAGCAGCUCCACGCUGUGUGUUCUGCCACAGGAUGAACCCGUGAGCUGCGAGGACUUCGUCCGAACCACCAGGGAGCUGUGUGUAAAACAAGCCCAGAAUCUUAACAAUAAGAGUUCACUGGUGGAGGAGGCCGUCAACGAACUGAUCAACAUGCUGCUGGAGUUUGACCACAGUCACAGAGAGGAGGUGGAAAGAGUCGAGGAGGAAACGUCGACUGAGAGCAAGACCGCGGAGCACCAGGAAUAUGAGGGUGACGAUGAGGGUCACUCUGAGGGUCGUCUUGUAUCUAGAAACACCUUACUCCCCCCUGCCAGUGUGGGGCCCUCCUCUCCAUUGGUGAGGAGACGCAAAAAGAGGGAUCUCAUGGAGGUGAUGGAGGAGGAAGCCCAAGAACUGCUCUCCUUCUUCAACCACCGCAACGUGGACGCCUUAUUUAAACUGAUCCGUAACACCUUGGAAUUACUGCGGAAGCGGGUUCAAGGCUCCGCACCCAUGCAUUUCUCAGUUGAGAGCGAGUCACCCACUAGUGCCCAGCACAGCGGUCAGCCCGCAAUUUUCCGAGUGGACGUGAACCUCUCCAUCCCUCAAAUUGCCAUGGUUCCAUCCCUGGAGGAGGUCCAGCAGGCUUUAAAUCAAGCUGUGAAGUGUGUGGUCGGUGUCAGCAGAGGGAUCAGUCAGUGGAGCAAAGAAAGGAUCUCCAAGAGAAAAAUGAAUGAAAGACGUUUGGCCGCUCUGAAACACGAUGGAGCUUCAACGUUCAGGAGCCUGGCUGAGGGCAGCGUCUCAGACAUGUCAGGGUCUGUGACUCAGGAAAUUCCAUUUCAGUCGAGAAACCACUUCAAGACCAUUUCUGAGAACAAGGAGAUAGUGAAACUGAUGUCAGUCCUGAGUGUCUCCAUCAGUUCCACCAAGAAGGAAGUGACUGCUGCGCUCAACCGUUUUAACCGUUACCAUCACAUCUGGAUGAAGGACCGUGAAGACACCAUGCAGGAAUUUAUCCAGGGAAAUCCCUUACUGUCAGAAUUUGAGAGUCAGAUUCUUUUCUAUCGAGAUCUGGAGCUAGAGAUAAACUCAGAGCCAGAGUUUUUCAGGGUGGGAGCGUUGGCUUUCUUCACGGCGGACCUAAAGCUGUCCCUCACCUGCGAGACCAAGAACUGGAUGGUAGACUACGGACUGUACUGCAACAAGAAAUAUCGCUCAGACAUGGAGCAGAUAUUUGCUUUUGUAGAUGAAGCAGGAAAGAAACUGAAUCGACAAAUCAAAGACCUGGAUGAUAUUCGCAUCGCCAUGGCAGCACUAAAGGAGAUCAGAGAAAAGCACAUCUCUAUUGAUUUUCAAGUUGCUCCCAUAGAGGAGUCUUACGCCAUGCUUCAUAAAUUUGAAUUGUCAGUCGUGAAAGAGGAGGCAGACAAGGUGGAUACCCUGCGGUACACCUGGGAGAAGCUACUGUCGCGCAGCACAGAGGUGCAGAAUCAUCUGGUGGCCCUGCAGCCAAACUUCAGACACGAGCUGCUCACUAAUGUGGAGGUUUUCAUGGAGGACUGUCAACAUUUCUACCAGGAUUAUGAAAAGGAGGGACCCAUGGUGGUGGGACUAUCUCCUCAGGAUGCUAGUGACAGACUCAUCAUGUUCCAGAAUCAAUUUGACAACCUGUUCAGGAAGUACAUCACCUACACUGGUGGUGAGGAGCUAUUUGGACUUCCAGUUACCCAGCAUCCUCAGCUACUGGAGAUAAGGAAGCAGCUGACGCUACUCCAGAAGCUUUAUGGCCUUUACAGCAACGUCAUCGAAACUGUUAGCGGCUACUAUGACAUUCUGUGGGCUGACAUUAACAUUGACAAGAUCAACAAUGAACUGAUGGACUUUCAAACACGGUGUCGAAAGCUGCCCCAAGCUCUGAAGGACUGGCAGGCGUUUUUGGACCUGAAGAAAACAAUUGAUGAAUUCAGUGAGUGCUGCCCCCUGCUGGAACUUAUGAGCAACAAGGCAAUGAUGACACGCCACUGGAGGAGAAUAAGCGAGGUGACUGGACAUAGCUUUGAGGUGGAAACUGAAACAUUCAAGCUGCGGAACAUCAUGGACGCUCCUCUGCUCGAGUAUAAGGAGGAGAUAGAGGACAUCUGUAUCAGUGCUUUGAAAGAGCGGGACAUUGAGCAAAAGCUGAAACAGGUGAUAGCUGAGUGGGACUACAAGACCUUUACAUUUGCCAGCUUCAAGACUCGAGGUGAGCUCCUCCUCAGAGGAGACAGUACAUCAGAGAUCAUCACCAGCAUGGAGGACAGUCUGAUGAUUCUGGGGUCACUCAUGAGCAACAGGUACAACACUCCAUUUAAAUCCCAGAUUCAGAAGUGGGUCCAGAACCUCUCCAACACCACUGAUGUCAUCGAAAGCUGGAUGACAGUUCAGAACCUUUGGAUCUACCUGGAGGCAGUGUUUGUGGGAGGGGACAUUGCCAAACAGAUGCCCAAGGAAGCAAAGCGUUUCUACAACAUCGAUAAGUCAUGGGUGAAGAUAAUGAUGCGGGCACACGAGAUGCCCAACGUUGUCCAGUCAUGUGUGGGAGAUGAGACGAUGGGACUCCUGCUUCCUCGUCUCCUUGAACAGCUGGAGAUGUGCCAGAAGUCCCUCACAGGCUACUUGGAAAAGAAGCGUCUACAGUUUCCACGUUUCUUCUUUGUUUCUGACCCCGCUCUGCUGGAGAUCCUGGGCCAGGCCUCUGACUCUCACACCAUCCAGGCCCACCUUCUCAACAUCUUUGAUAACAUCAAAAGUGUCAAAUUCCAUGACAAAGUAUACGACCGUAUUUUGGCCGUCUCAUCUCGGGAGGGAGAGACUAUAGAAUUGGAGCAUCCCAUCACAGCAGAGGGGAAUGUAGAAGUCUGGCUCGAUGCUCUGCUGAAGGAAUCCCAGAGAUCUUUGCACUCUGUGAUACGACAGGCAGCCUUGACCAUCCAGGAGUCAGGCUUCCAGCUUAUCGACUUUCUGAACUCCUUUCCAGCUCAGGUUAGUCACAUGUUCAAAAAAAGAUCUAACAAAGGGCUAGUUCUCUGCUCUCAUGUUUAUCAAAUGUCCUCUAUCCAGGCUUUGACCAACGCCAGAUACGAUCGUCGCAUUAUGGCCAAAACCAACCAGUUCUUCCUGGACCUGCUCAACACACUAAUUGACAUGACCACGAGAGACCUGGGGUCUGUGGAGAGAACCAAGUAUGAGACCCUCAUCACCAUCCACGUCCACCAGAGGGACAUAUUUGAUGAACUGCAUCGUCUGCACCUCAAAAGCCCAAACGAUUUUGAGUGGCUGAAGCAGUGCCGUUUCUACUAUAACGAGGAUUCAGACAAAAUGGUCAUCAACAUCACAGAUGUGGGAUUUGUUUAUCAGAACGAGUUCCUGGGCUGCACUGAAAGGCUUGUGAUCACGCCGUUGACUGACAGGUGCUACAUCACUUUAGCUCAGGCUCUUGGUAUGAGUAUGGGUGGUGCCCCUGCUGGUCCAGCAGGAACAGGCAAGACUGAGACUGUAAAAGAUAUGGGUCGCUGUCUGGGCAAAUAUGUUGUGGUCUUCAACUGUUCAGACCAAAUGGACUUCAGAGGACUGGGAAGAAUAUUCAAAGGUCUUGCUCAGUCCGGAUCGUGGGGUUGUUUUGAUGAGUUCAAUCGCAUCGACCUCCCCGUUCUGUCGGUGGCCGCACAGCAAAUUGCAACGGUUCUUACUUGCAAGAAAGAACGUCGGCAAAACUUUUUCUUCACUGAUGGAGACAGUGUGAACAUGAACCCCGAGUUUGGCAUCUUCCUCACCAUGAACCCUGGUUAUGCAGGUCGACAGGAGCUUCCUGAAAACCUAAAGAUCAAUUUCCGCUCCGUGGCCAUGAUCGUUCCUGACCGCCAAAUCAUUAUUGGAGUCAAGAUGGCAAGCUGUGGAUUUAUAGACUACAUGGAACUGUCUCGCAAGUUCUUCACUCUUUACAAGCUGUGUGAGGAGCAACUCUCCAAACAGGUUCACUAUGACUUUGGACUGAGAAACAUCCUGUCAGUGCUGCGGACUCUAGGAGCAGCCAAGAGAUCCAACCCCAGUGACACGGAGUCCACCAUUGUUAUGAGGGUCCUCAGGGACAUGAAUCUUUCCAAACUGAUUGAUGAAGAUGAACCACUCUUCCUCAGCUUAAUUGAAGACCUCUUUCCAGGAAUCCAACUGAAUAAAGUCGGAUACCCUGAGCUGGAGGCUUACAUCGACAAACAGAUUGAGGAGGCUGGUCUGAUCAUUCACCCUCCCUGGAAAAUGAAGAUAAUCCAGCUUUAUGAGACUCAGAUGGUCCGACACGGCAUCAUGGCCCUGGGACCCAGUGGAUCUGGAAAGACAACGUGUAUACACACUCUAAUGAAAGCUUUGACAGAGUGUGGUCAGCCUCACAGAGAAAUGCGUAUGAACCCCAAAGCCAUUACAGCUCCUCAGAUGUUUGGGCGUUUGGAUGUGGCCACAAAUGACUGGACCGAUGGCAUCUUCUCCACACUCUGGAGAAAAACAUUGAAAGCCAAAAAAGGGGAGCACAUCUGGAUAGUCUUGGAUGGCCCAGUUGAUGCCAUUUGGAUCGAGAACCUAAACUCAGUGUUGGAUGACAACAAAACACUUACACUGGCCAAUGGAGAUCGUAUACCGAUGUCUCCCAACUGUAAGGUGGUUUUUGAGCCACAUAAUAUCGACAACGCGUCUCCGGCCACUGUCUCACGCAACGGCAUGGUAUUCAUGAGCUCCUCUGUGCUCAACUGGAGCCCCAUACUGGAGGGUUGGUUAAAGAAACGUUCUCCUCAUGAGGCCGAAGUGCUGAGGGAGCUCUUUUCCUCCUCUUUCUCGGAACUCUACCAAUUCACUGUGCAGUCCUUGGAGUCCAAGAUGGACGUUCUGGAGGCAUUUGUCAUCAUGCAGUGCAUCAACAUGCUGCAGGGACUCAUACCAGUAAAGGAGCAGUGUGGUGAUUUGUCAAGGGAGCACCUAGAGUGCCUUUACGUCUUUGCUGUGAUGUGGAGCAUCGGAGCCUUACUUGAACAGGAUGACAGAAGAAAACUGGAAACCUGGCUUCGAGGGAACAACAAUAUUCAACUAAAUUUGCCAACUAUUUCAAGUGGCAGCGAGGACAUCAUGUUUGACUACUAUGUAACAUCUGAUGGCCAAUGGGUUCACUGGAACACCCAAGUGGAUGAAUAUGUCUAUCCAUCUGAGAUCACACCAGAGUACAGCUCCAUUUUAGUUCCAAAUGUGGACAACAUUAGAACCGAUUUUCUCAUUCAGACCAUAGCCAAGCAGGGCAAGGCUGUGUUGCUGAUUGGGGAGCAAGGAACGGCCAAAACUGUGAUCAUCAAGAGCUACAUGUCAAAAUACAACCCUGAGAUUCAUGUGGGCAAGAGCGUCAACUUCUCAUCUGCUACAACACCAUUAAUGUUCCAGAAAACCGUGGAAAGCUAUAUGGAUAAGAGGAUGGGAACAACAUAUGGACCUCCAGCUAGAAAGAAAAUGUCGAUUUUUAUAGAUGAUAUCAACAUGCCAGUCAUCAACGAGUGGGGAGACCAGGUGACUAAUGAGAUUGUACGACAGCUAAUGGAGCAGAACGGCUUCUUCAAUCUGGAGAAACCAGGAGAGUUCACCAAUAUUGUGGAUGUUCAGUUUCUGGCAGCUAUGAUCCAUCCAGGCGGAGGGCGUAACGACAUCCCACAGAGGCUGAAAAGACAGUUCUCCAUCUUUAACUGUACUCUGCCUUCCAAUUCUUCCAUAGACAAAAUAUUUGGUGUGAUUGGUGAGGGCCACUUCUGCUCUCACCGUGGUUUUACCGAGGAGGUUCAGAGCAUGGUGUCCCAGCUCGUGGGUCUGACCCGCCGUUUCUGGCAGCUGACCAAAGUCAAGAUGCUUCCAACUCCUGCCAAGUUCCAUUACACCUUCAACCUGAGGGAUCUGUCCAGGAUCUGGCAAGGAAUGCUGAACACUAAUGCAGAGGUUGUCAACUGUGUUUCGGUUUUGUUAGUGUUGUGGAAACACGAGUGCAAACGUGUGAUAGCUGACAGAUUUACCAUGCUGGAGGACGUGGAGUGGUUUGAUCAGUCUUUGGCGAAGCUGGUGGAGGAGGAGUUUGGUGAGGAGUACAUGAACAUGGUGGACAUUGGCGUAGACAGAUACUUUGUCGACUUCCUACGAGAUGCGCCUGAAGCUACAGGGGACGAGCCAGAAGAUACAGACUUUGAUCUGCCAAAGGUUUACGAGCCCAUCGAGACCUUUGAGAGUUUGAAAGGUCGCUUGAAUAUGUUCCUGAGCCAUUACAACGAAAGCAUCAGGGGAACUGGCAUGGACAUGGUCUUCUUUCAGGAUGCCAUGAUACAUCUAGUAAAGGUGUCACGGAUUAUUCGGACACCUGGCGGUAACGCAUUAUUGGUGGGUGUUGGAGGCUCAGGCAAACAGAGUCUGACCAGACUGGCCUCCUUCAUCGCUGGAUACGAGAUCUUUCAGAUCACGCUGACACGCUCCUACAACACAGCUAACCUGAUGGAUGACUUGAAGGGUUUGUACAGAACAGCUGGUCUGCAGGGGAAAGGCGUCAGCUUCAUCUUUACUGACAACGAAAUCAAAGACGAGUCCUUCCUGGAGUACUUGAACAAUGUCCUGUCGUCCGGAGAGGUUUCAAACCUGUUUGCCCGUGAUGAGAUGGAUGACAUCCUCAGCAGUCUCAUCCCUGUAAUGAAGCGAGAGUUUACCAAAAGACCCCCCACCAAUGAAAACCUCUAUGACUACUUCAUGUCACGGGUUCGACAAAACCUGCACGUCGUUCUCUGCUUUUCACCUGUGGGAGAGAAGUUCCACAACCGUGCCUUAAAGUUUCCAGCACUGAUAUCCGGUUGUACCAUGGACUGGUUCAGCCGGUGGCCAAAGGACGCCCUGGUGGCCGUUUCCGAGCACUUCCUGUCAGUCUUUAACAUUGACUGCUCAUCUCAAGUCAAGACCGAGGUCGUCCAGUGCAUGGGAUCCUUCCAUGAUGGUGUGGCAGAGACAUGUGUGGACUACUUCCAAAGAUAUCGUCGCUCCACCCACGUCACACCAAAGUCCUACUUGGCCUUCAUCCAAGGCUACAAGACCAUCUACAAGGAGAAGCGUGCUGAAGUACAAACACUGGCUAACAGGAUGAAAACUGGUCUCCAGAAGCUGAAGGAAGCAUCCGAGUCUGUAGUCGCACUUAGUGCCGAACUGGAAGUCAAAGAGAAGGAGCUGCUGGUGGCCAAUGAAAAGGCUGAUAUGGUGCUGAAGGAGGUGAUAGUAAAAGCCCAGGCAGCAGAGAAAGUGAAGCUGGAAGUUCAGAAAGUCAAGGACAAGGCCCAGGCUCUUGUUGACAGCAUCUCUGCAGACAAGGCCAUCGCCGAGAGGAAACUGGAAGCAGCGCGUCCGGCUCUCGCAGACGCAGAGGCUGCAUUACAGACAAUCAAACCGUCCGACAUCUCCACCGUGCGGAAACUCAGCCGCCCCCCUCACCUCGUCAUGCGGAUCAUGGACUGUGUGCUGCUGCUCCUGCAAAAGAAAAUCAACCCAGUGGAGAUCGACCCAGAGAAGAACUGCAUCAUGCCGUCCUGGCAGGAGUCACAGAAGCUCAUGACCUCUGGGAAUCUCCUGGGCAGUCUGCAGGCUAACCUGGUGGUGCAGGAGGACCGUCUGGCUAAAGCUAACGUGUACCUUCAGAAAGCUCAGGCCGAGCUGGACGUGAAGCAGGCAGAGCUGGACGCAGUGCAGGCCGACUAUGACAAGGUUCUAAUAAAAAAACAGACACUGCAAGAUGACGCCGAGCGCUGCAGACACAAAAUGCAGACAGCGUCCAGUCUCAUCAGUGGUCUCGCCGGAGAGAAGGAGAGAUGGACGAAGCAGAGCAAGGAGUUUGCUGCUCAAACCAAACGUCUCGUUGGCGACGUUCUUCUAGCCACGGCUUUCCUCUCGUACUCCGGUCCAUUUAAUCAACAGUUUAGAAACAACUUACUGAGUGACUGGCAGCAGGAGCUGCAGCAGAGAUGCAUCCCAUUCUGCAAUAAUCUGAAUUUGAUUGAGCUGCUCAUCGAUGCCCCGACUGUCAGCGAGUGGAACCUGCAGGGUCUGCCGAGUGAUGACCUGUCCAUUCAAAAUGGCAUCAUUGUGACCAAAGCCACGAGGUUUCCUCUCCUCAUUGACCCACAGAUGCAGGGAAAAAUCUGGAUCAAGAACAAGGAAGCCAGGAAUCAGCUGCAGAUCACUUCAAUGAACCACAGGUACUUCAGGAACCACUUGGAGGACAGCUUGUCUCUUGGACGUCCACUCUUGAUUGAAGACAUAGGGGAGGAACUGGACCCGGCCCUUGACAACAUCCUUGAAAAAAACUUCAUUAAAACGGGAUCAACUUACAAGGUGAAAGUGGGCGACAAGGAAGUGGACGUGAUGAAGGGUUUCAGGCUCUAUGUGACCACCAAGCUGCCCAACCCAGCUUACACCCCCGAAAUCAGCGCUCGAACCUCCAUCAUCGACUUCACCGUCACCAUGAGAGGACUGGAGGACCAGCUGCUGGGCCGAGUCAUCCUCACUGAAAAACAGGAACUGGAGAAAAAAAGGACGGACCUCAUGGAGGACGUGAUUCUCAACAAGAGGAAGAUGAAAGAGUUGGAAGACAGCCUUUUCUACCGCCUGACCAGCACACAGGGUUCGUUGGUGGAUGAUGAAAGUCUGAUUCUUGUCCUAAGCAACACCAAAAACACAGCUGAAGAGGUCACGCAGAAACUACAGAUCGCUGCAGAGACAGAAAUCCAGAUAAAUGCUGCCAGAGAGGAGUACAGACCUGUGGCCACCAGGGGCAGCAUCUUGUACUUUUUGAUCACUGAGAUGAGCAUGGUGAACGUCAUGUACCAGACCUCUCUCAGACAGUUUCUGGGACUUUUCGACCUGUCUCUGAUCACUCAGAAUGAGAAGCAGUGGAAAUCAUGGUUUGACAAGGAGGCGCCAGAGGAGGAGGUGUUACCCAACUCCUACGAGCAAGACCUCGAUGCUUUCAGACGCCUGCUCCUCAUCCGCUGCUGGUGUCCAGACCGGACCAUCGCACAGGCUCGUAAAUACGUGAUGAGUUCAAUGGGUGAGAAAUACACCGAAGGCUUGAUUCUAGACUUGGACAAAACGUGGGAAGAGUCGGACCCCAGGACGCCUCUCAUCUGCUUCCUGUCAAUGGGCUCCGAUCCAACAAACUCCAUCAUUGCACUGGGAAGGAAGUUAAAGGUUGAGACACAGUAUGUCUCCAUGGGUCAGGGUCAGGAGGUCCACGCCCGCAAGCUUCUGCAGCAGACGAUGGCAAAUGGCGGCUGGGCCUUACUGCAGAACUGCCAUCUGGGUUUGGACUUUAUGGAUGAGCUGAUGGACACCGUGACAGAGACGGAGUUCGUACACACUAACUUCCGUCUCUGGAUGACCACAGAGGUCCACAGACACUUCCCUAUAACUCUCCUGCAGAUGUCCAUCAAGUUCACCAGUGAACCGCCUCAGGGCCUGAGGGCGGGGCUCAAACGGACUUAUGGAGGCAUUAACCAGGACCUGUUGGACGUCAGUAACAUGGUGCAGUGGAAGCCCAUGCUCUACGCGGUGGCGUUUCUCCACAGCAUCGUCCAGGAGAGAAGAAAGUACGGAUCCUUGGGUUGGAACAUCCCUUACGAGUUCAACCAGGCCGACUUCAACGCCAGCGUCCAGUUCGUUCAGAACCACCUGGACGACGUGGACAUCAAAAAGGGGGUUUCCUGGAACACCGUGCAGUACAUGAUCGGAGAGAUUCAGUAUGGUGGUCGCGUGACUGACGACUUUGACAAGCGUCUCCUCAACACAUUUGCCAAAGUGUGGUUCAAUGAGAACAUGUUCAGUCCCGCCUUCAGCUUCUACAGCGGCUACAGCGUCCCCAAAUGCUCUAGCGUCGAUGAGUAUCUGACGUAUGUCAAGGGUCUUCCAGCCUAUGAUACUCCAGAAGUAUUUGGUCUUCACCCCAACGCAGACAUAACGUACCAGAGCAAACUGGCCAAAGACGUCCUGGACACCAUCCUCAGUAUUCAGCCUAAAGACAGUGCUUCUGGUGCCGGGGAAACCAGAGAGGCUGUGGUGUCCCGGCUGGCUGACGACAUGCUGGACAAACUGCCCGCUGACUAUGUACCUUUUGAAGUUAAAGAACGUCUCCAGAAGAUGGACGCCUUCCAGCCCAUGAACAUCUUCCUGCGUCAGGAGAUCGAUCGGAUGCAGAGAGUCAUAGUUCUGGUUCGAAACACCCUGACGGACCUGAAGCUGGCGAUCGACGGAACCAUCAUCAUGAGUGAGAACCUCCGAGAUGCUCUGGACUGCAUGUAUGACGCACGCAUCCCUGCGCGCUGGAAGAAGGCCUCGUGGGCCUCCAGCACUCUGGGCUUCUGGUUCACAGAGCUGCUGGAGCGAAACCGGCAGUUCCAGACGUGGAUCUUUGAAGGACGGCCCAACUGUUUCUGGAUGACUGGGUUCUUUAACCCACAAGGUUUCCUCACAGCCAUGAAACAGGAGAUCACAAGGACAAACAAGGGCUGGGCUCUGGACCGUAUGGUUCUGUGCAAUGAGGUGACUAAAUGGAUGAAGGAUGACGUCACCCACCCCCCCACAGAGGGAGUGUACGUCUACGGCCUGUACCUGGAGGGAGCGGGCUGGGACCGACGUGGUUGCAAACUGGUGGACUCUAAGCCCAAAGUUCUGUUCGAGGUGAUGCCUGUGAUCAGGAUGUAUGCUGAGAAUAAUGGAGUGAAGGAUCCUCGUCUCUACUCCUGUCCGAUCUACAAGAAACCGUCCAGGACAGACGUCAACUACAUCGCAGCGGUGGAUCUGAAAACUGCGCGCCCUGCUGAUUACUGGAUCCUCCGGGGUGUGGCUCUGCUCUGUGACAUCAAGUGACCAUGUCAUAAUAACACCCGGCUGACUGUCACCAGGACCACAUUAUACACGUAAACAAGAAACACUCCCAAACACUCUCACGGCCUUAGAAAGUCCCUGCAUUCACGACCAAAAUAAGGAAUUUUAAAUAUUUUCUCUCAGUGACUCACAUGAAAAGGUUUUGGAAGAACAUACACUGAAAAAAACUAAACUCAAAUGGAAUUCUAAUAGUAAGGGUGUGCCAAAAUAUCGAUACUAUGAUACAUCGCAAUAUUUCGUCUUGGCGGUACGUUAUCGAUAUACUGGCGACAAAUAUCCAAACAAUAAACAUACACUCGUUCUAAAUAGAUUCGCUCACAAAAACCUGCUGCGUUUUUUCAAACGUCCACAUGAUGGCGCCAGAGACCAUGGCGCUAGAGGGCGCGAGCGCAGAAACGUCUGGAUUUACAUAUGCAGGGACCCCAUUUGUACUGCGGUACUACGGUUAUGAUUGUUUGGAGUUUGUGGCAGACAGAUAUUUUCUCCCGGGGCGGGGGUGUUCUCUAAAUUCUGAAUGUCUUCAGUGACGAUGUAUCAUGGACAAAAUGUAUCGCAAUAUAUUGAUCACUGCAGAAUUUAUGUAUUGUGAUAUUAUCGCAAUCAUAGCCCAAAUAUCGUAAUGGUAUUGUAUCCAAAGGUACCUAGCGAUACCCAGCCCUACAUAUUAGUAUCUUAUUGUUAUAUAUAAAUGAAUACCAAUUUGUAAUGUAGGGCUAGGACUGUACAGCUGAUGUUUUGUGUUCUCGUCACGCUUGCUGUUAGGACUAAAUAUAAUUGAUGUUUUUUCUCCGUCCCAAAAUUAAACCACUAAAAACAGAAUAAAACUAAAAGCACAUCACAUCACGAAAAAGAAAACCCAUUCAGAUUUGUUUUUUAAUUCAGAGGCAAAUUGUAGAGAAAAGUGUGUUGGUAUAACAUAUUUGGUCUAAACAUUUAAAUCAGAGUUGCCAAAUACAGUCUCAUAGGUGAAAGUACAAUUAGCGCACAUUCUAAAGUUUUAUUCAGAGAAAGAAGAACCUGUUAGGCAUCCAUAAUUGCCACCAAAGUCA